AUGCAUGUAGGUGAGAACCGACCGUGGGGUGUAUCAGGGCAGCUUCGCGCAGGUGCUCGAAUGUUGUCCCUGAGGGACCUGCACCUACCCCAUUUUCACAUUUCGAGAGGAGCUUCAGGAAAAUGUCCCGCGAUACUGCCAGGUUCGGUUGGGCGGGAUGGUUGGCAGUGGUGGCAGGGAGGCGGGAAGCGGUUUGAAUCUGUGUGCCCCUGCCACGUCCGCGACCUCCGCCUCGACCCCCUCGUGUCCGCGCGCUGGCCGCGGCCAGCAGGGGAUUUUCGCGACUACCUAUUCCCGCGUUCUGACGCAUCCGUGCGUCCUCCAAUGCCUGCUGCCGACGCGUUCGCCGAGAUGGUGACAGAAGCGGCAAGGUCGGUGGUGGAUCAAGGUCACACCGCUGAGAGCGUGCUUGCUCCGCCUCAGGCUCCAGCUGCCCCGGCCGCUGAGGCUCCAACUGCUCCCCCGGUUCCCCCUGUCGCCGCUGCCCCGUCAACGGCCCCUGUCCAACUGGCGUCUGCUCCCCCGCCAAGCUUCCCACUUCCUCUCGGUGCUCUUGCCCCUGAUGCGCCCGCUCCUGUUGCGCCGCAGCCGCCUGCGGCGUCGCCACUUGUCCAAGCUGCUGCCGGCGUCCCUGCGCCGGGGACAGCGGUGGGCGCUGCCCACGACCCCGCGCACCUGGUCGCACUUGCGUCUGCGCCGGUACAGCCCGUCGCGCAUCAGCGCGCGGAGUCCCACAGUCGUGGUGUUGCAGGGGGCAGUGCGGCGGCGCAUCGGGGGCGUGGUUCUCCUCGGCGUCGCCCCUCCCCAUCGUACCGGAAUGCGCAUCGCGGUGGCCGCGGUGGCUGGUGGGGAGGUCACGGUCGCGGACGUGAGGCGCCGAGCGAGAUGCAGCAGUUACGCGACGAUUUCCCUGGAAUGUUGGCCGCGGCGAUGCGCGAGGCUCUGAACAGUGCGUCGACUCCUGGUGGCUCGCUGGCUGCUGCCGCUGCAGCGCACGCCUCUGCUCCUGUGGCUGCCCAGGCUCCUCCUGCUCCACACGCGGUUCCUGCGCCGAGUGCUCAGGCGUACCCGCAGGGUCCAGGCCCAGCUGUUGGGCGCGCGCCACCACCCGCAUCUCGUCCAGGCUCCGCUGCACCGUAUCCCCCUCUUCCAUGGAUUCCCCCCGUUCCGGGCACGGGAUUUGUGGGAGCGGGAGGCGGAGAGGCGAGGGGGCCAUUCCGCCCUCCGCGUCGCAUAGAUGAAGUUCCGGCUGUGCCCCCUCCACCGGCUCUUCCCGUUCCCGCUGCGGCGCGGCUGACCGGGACGGCUGAAGUUCCCACGGCGACUCUCGCGCAGCUGUGGCGCUUGGUGGAGUGCCAGCAGGCCCUGACACUGAUUCUGGUGAAUUCACACUUUGCCAUCCUCCGGAACUCAGGGAGCACUCUCGAUCCGAUGGCGCGAGCUGAUUGCUUGGCAGCGGCAGCGUAG